AUGGAUAUUCAAGCAGAUAUGACACCUCCGGAAAGUGGCUCGGAGCAACCGAAAUUAUCAUCAGAUUCGAAUAGCGACGUGUGCAGCAGCGAUGAAAUCGAUGAACCUGACGCAGAUGAUGAGGAUCAGGUUAAUGAUGUGCUCGGGGUUAGUAUUAGUCAGGUCCAGAGUCGGAUGAAGGCAAGACAGACACCGGCCGAAGAAAAGAGUCGCGCGAUUGAGAGCUCGGGUGGUUAUUUUGAUAUGAUACCGGAUGAGCCGUCGGAACAGGAUCAAAGGCAGAUAUUUGAGGAGCCGGAAUCCAUUGAUGGGCCUACGACACAAAGCGAUGAAAAGAAAAAGACUGAGAAGAAUGGGAAUAAAAAUAAUCGACAUUCGUUUACGAGGUCUAUGUUAAUGUCUAGUUUAUCCGGACGGAGACGGGCGUCGUCUGGUGAUUCGGGGUAUGGUAUUAAUCUGAGGAAAUUGUUGCCGGACUUCAGCCUGUCGCCCAGUCGACAGAGCUCGUCGUCCUCGAAAUUAGGUUCUACCGAUUUAACGAUCCGCUCGAGAUCAUCUAGUACACCGCAAGGAGGACGAGACACAGACACCAGAAAUAAUCCAGCUACUAAAUCCUCAAGUACAAUCCAAUCCAAUACCGACGAUGGUCUAGCAGCGCUAGGCGCAUUGCAAAAUAGCAGAACACAUUCCUAUCAACAAUACCCAAUAGCGAAGAAACGUCCCCCCCUGAGCGUGAGACAAUCCAUGUCCGAUGAAAGUUUAUACGUGAGAAGUCUUUCCCGCGUUUCGACCUUGGAACACAGACCGCAUUACGAGAAUGUGCAUUCGCAGGUGAACAGUCGCUACAAAGCGAUCAAAGACAGUUUACAGGAUUCGAGUAGUCGGAUCUUCAGUAUGCCGAGUUUCAAUCUCCCGGAUUUCAGACAUGAGUGGCAUCCCGGGCGGUUUUUGGGGGAUUAUCAGCGAAAGGAUAGUGUGGGAGAAAGUACCGCUACGCCAGAAGUUAAUAGUGGUGAGACCAGUGUCAACGGCAAGCCAACGACCAGAUCAAAUACAACUUACCCGUUACUGGACCAAGCCGCGUUCCAAAUCACGGGCGACGUCGUGGUCAUGGGCGGAUAUAGAGGCUCAAUUUUGAGGUCUGCAAAACCACCCCAUCGACAACUCUGGGUGCCCAUGAAGGUUGGCCUAAACAUCCGCAAAGUCGAUCUCGAAGUCGGUCUCUCACACGAAGACGAAGAGCGCAUGGAAAAAACUAUCAUCGCGAGGGAAGUACUCUCCCACAUCGGUCCGGUGGACAUCUGCCGACGAUUAUUGCAGCGACUAAGCAAGUUUCAAAAGUCGCGGAAUGGGGAUAUACGCGUCUGGGAUUAUGGGUAUGAUUGGCGGUUAAGUCCGCAUUUACUCUCGAAACGAUUAAUCAAAUUUCUGGAGGGUUUGCCGUGUAAUGCGCCUGGAGUACCAGUCGAAAAACGGGGUGCGUAUGUGAUUGCGCACAGUCUGGGAGGAUUGAUUACGCGUCACGCUGUUAAUCAACGCCCUGAUCUAUUCGCCGGUGUUGUCUACGCGGGCACUCCACAACAUUGCGUGAAUAUUCUCGGUCCCCUACGAAACGGCGACGAAGUAUUGUUGAGUAGCAAAGUGCUCACUGCACAGGUCAAUUUCACGAUUCGAACGAGCUAUGCAUUACUCCCGGAUGACGGAAGAUGUUUUAUCAAUCGGGAUACCAAGGAAGAUUAUUUGAUUGAUUUCUUUGACGUCAAGUCAUGGGAUGAAUAUUCUUUGUCGCCGUGUAUCAGGGCACCGUUACCGCCGGCCGGAAACGAUAAUAAAAAAAGUCUUACCACGCUUCCACGCAUCGGGCUGGGGAAGAAGAGACUUUCCGUUAAACUCGGGAAAUCGAAUUCCGUGUCUUCGCAUCCACAUGGACCACGAGCGUCUCGUGAAAAGGAUCAAAGGGAGAACGUCCCCGGUGGAAGCGAAAAUGAAGAAAUCCCCAUCGACUCCAAAACCAGCGGAUCAACAGGAGGAACAACAGGCGAUAUUCUAGGUCCCAACACAUCCAAAGCACCACAAGAAAUAAACACCAACCAAGCAACUACCAGCGGUAGCAGUAUUCCGUCGAAUAUGAACACAGGCGGAAACAUCGCAGCAGCCACAAGCACAAUCCCGCGUGAACAAGCGCUCGAAUACCUUGACCGAACCCUCAAAGAAGUCAAACAAUUCCGGCAAGAAUUAACCUUUGACGAAUCACAUCAACAAGAAAAUCGAUACCCGCCAUUUGCGGUGUUGUAUUCCAAGGCAUUACCAACCGUGUACGGAGCACGGGUCUCGUCGCGAGAGGAUAUCAAACGGUCCGAUGCGUACGAUGACCUUGCGUUUGCGGCGGGGGAUGGUGUCUGUUUGGCUUCGGCGGCGAUGUUGCCGAAGGGGUAUAGGGUUAUUAAGCAUGGGCUCGUGAGGAGUGAUAGGGGUCAUGUUGGAUUAUUGGGGGAUUUGGAGGGAGUUGGGCAGUGUUUGUUGGCUUUGGCGAGGGGAAGGGAGGCUGGGGUUGGGUUGGGGGUGACUAAAUAG